AUAAAAGUUAGUAGAUUGAACACAAUUCUCAGAAUAUCCCACAUAUUACACGCCAAUUUUGAUUUUGGAUAAUGGUUUUCAUGGAUUCGUACAAUCAAUUGGGAUCUUUCAAUUGUAUCAACUUCCUGAGCAACAGGUGGCCCAGGAGAGACGAUUUGAUUGGAUUCCGCCAAAAUGUAACUUUUCCCCCUUUCAAUCCCAAAUUUCCCUCCCUCGCGGUGUUCUUCCAGAACAAAAGAAAGAGACGUUGAAGUAAGACGGUCACGGCUGAAGACAGAAAGACUGAAAGAAGAUUGAAGAAAACCAAAGCCACAAUUUCAUAAAGCCAAGGCUUUUUCGAGAGCUUCUCUGUAGAGAAGUGCUGCAGAUUCUGUAUGGCGUCCAGGACUGACACACAACUCCAACAGAUGGCCUCCCACACAAUGACACUGCGAGUUAUCCUCUGCGAUGGAGACAUCAGGAAAGUCACACUGGCACACAGGCCCCGUUCAGUGGACGAUUUGAUCACCUGUUUGAAAAACACACUCGUACUUCAAUACAAUUUCACUUUACAGUUUAGAGACCCAGAAUUUGAUAACGAACUUUGCAACGUCACCGAUGUGUCUGAACUCCCAGAAAAACCAACUGUGAAGAUAAUCCCUGUGCUUGAACUGGUUGAGAUUGCAAGCGAAAAUUUGAAUGAUAGUCUAAGUACAGCCGAUACUGUGCUGCUGCAGUCCACGUCAUCACAGCAAAUGAGAAUGCCGUGGCCUGAUGAGUUUUCCCUCCCCAAGUUCUCUGUAGAUGUGGAGUUUAGACUUCGACAAGGGAAUUUAAGCUACCUCAAGGAUGGAACAUACUUGACCGUUUCAAAAGAGUUGAAACAUGACAUUCUCCACAAGAUAGCUGAAACCCUGUAUGCGAGGUUCAAAGCAUACCCCCAAAAAAAGGACCUUAGAGCAGUAGCCAAGGCUUUAAUUGCAGCUCAUCCUUGUCUUCGAGAAACUGCAUCGCCAACGGGUUAUGAUGGAUGGACACAGAGCCUAGCGGAUAAGAUGGGUAACUAUAGGACAAAAAUGAGGGCCCUGGGACACGCAGAUGUCAAGGUGAAUUCUGGGAAACGUGGAAGACACACUGUUGGUGGGGAGCCACCAAACAAGAGCAUCAAGAAACCGAAGAAAGGGGAAGUAAAUUUCCUACCCAAUCUUCCAGAUGGUCAUGAUGUCACAAGCCUUGAAGAUGCCCGACAACUACUGGUGGAUGAAAUGAAAAAGAAAAACCCAGAUGCAGUCUUCGUCAAUCAGCAGAUGGACUUCACGUUGUCUCUUAGAAGAAAGGAGGUGGUGAUGGACAAGCCUCCUGUGAGCCAGAUGAUGGAGCGUUGGCCAGCACUCUUCGUUGAAAAUCAGGUCUACCAGGAAUUCAGCAGAGUUGUAGGGAAAAACUUGAAGCAGGAGUUCUAUGAGAGUCUGGAUCGUCUUUGCCCUAAACUUAUAGAAAUCAUCAGGUCAAAGAGAGGUCUAAAGGGACAACUUCUGGAUGGUCUGUUGCGCCAGACAAAGACAUCGGACACUGCUGACAUCCGAUGCCUUGUCCUGAGAGGGCUUCCGAUUCUCUUUGAUGACGACUCUGCGAAUUUCUUCAAGACUUGCUUUGUCACUGAUGAUGAGGACAUAUACAGACACAUCGGGAUUGGAAUCAUUUGUUUCACUGAAGAAGAUGUUGUGCCACAUCCUCUGUCUCCUUCCUCUGCCGGGAUCGUCCUGGAGGGGACUCUUGUCAUGGACAAUUUGGACAUUUGUAAUGCCAUGUGUCUCUUGUUUGGCCUAACCUACGCGCUUCACUUGAACUACCCCAAAUGCAUGACAAACACAUUCAGGUUUAUUCAACAGGUCCUACUGAGCAUUGACAAGACAGAACUAAAAGGGAAAGUAUUAACACUGACCAAUCAGUUGUGAGAGGUGCGGUGAGGUGUGGUGUGGUGUGGUGUGGUGAGGUGAGGUGAGUUUGUGUGUGUCAGCGAGGUGAGUGUAUGUUUGUUUGUGUGAGUGUGAAUGAGUGUGUGUGUGUGUGUGUUUGUGAGUGAGGUGAGUGUAUGUUUGUUUGUGUAAGUGUGAAUGAGUGUGUGAGGGUGAGGUGAGGUGAGUUUGUGUGUGUCAGCGAGGUGAGUGUAUGUUUGUUUGUGUGAGUGUGAAUGAGUGUGUGUGUGUGUUUG